AUGGUCCUGAGACGUAAGCGAGCCCGGAGGCUUGCUGAACGGAAGGGUACCCCUGAAAUCCGGCGGGAGUACAAUCGGCUCUGUAGAGCCACGAGUGAACUGGCCCGAUGCGUCCGGUCGGACCAUUGGAACGCUGCCUGCGCCGGGAUGGAUCUUCGGGAUACCUCGAAAGCCUGGCGUCUUCUGCGAAACCUAGAGGCCAAAGAUACAGCGCGAACGGCUGCCCCUCUAUUGUCACCCGGAGGGCCGGUCUCGACGGUAACCAAAAUGGCCGGCUUGUUGAAUCGACAUUUUGCCAAAAUCAGCAAGCCCGAAAAGAAGUCUGCCAUGUCCAAAGCCCUCAACAAAGAACGUAAGAGGCUCGAGAGGGAGCCAGAUGAGCCGGAAAGCCAAGCAACGUGCAACGCGCCCUUCUGUCGUGCUGAGCUGGACAGAGCGAUAGCUAAGUGCAAAAAUCGAAAAGCUCUGGGGCCAGACAAGGUUACCCCCGAGAUGGUAAAACACCUUGGGGGCAUUGCGAGAGAUAAACUCCUGGAGUUUAUGAAUCGAACCUGGGCAGAGUCCAGACUGCCCGGGGCCUGGAAGAGUGCUGUCAUUGUGCCAGUCCUUAAGAAGGGAAAAGACGCGACUAGAGUCCGACAGACCCAUUUCACUAACCUCAACCCUUGGCAAAGUUGCUGA